AUGUUCCUUGCAUUAUUCCUGUUGCCUGUCUUGGGUUCUGCUGAUAGCGAUUCGGGCAGCCAGCAACAAUAUCAACACAAUGCUGUUGGAGUGCGAAAGAUGACAGAUGAGGAGGGCGAGAAAUUUUAUUUCGACUAUUGGGACUUUGGUGGUUUGCCUGGAUCGUCUUCUGCCGUCAAUGAUAGCUCUCUCGUAGGCAGGCAGCUCGACACGCAGGAUCAAAUACCAGAGCUGCGACCUGCUUUAGCACUGCAUGGAAGAAACGUGUCUGACAGUUUCCAUCUUCCUGAAAAGUUUUCUGGUCCUGCACGACGUGCUCUGUUCAUUCUCCUUGGAAGGGAUUUUAAAUGUCCCACUGGAACAUCCAGCUGCGCUUCGAUCGGCCAGCCAGAUAGCUGCUGUAGCGAUAGCGAUACAUGCGAGCUGGUGCAGGAUACCGGGCUGGGCGUUGUUGGCUGCUGCCCAGAAGGCGAAGCAUGUGGUGGAACUUUGAGUUCGUGUGCGCAGGGUUAUGCAAGUUGCUCAAGCAGCCUUGGUGGAGGCUGUUGUAUCCCGGGCUAUAAAUGCGUGACUGGUGGAUGUGUUUUUGUGUCGACAUAUACUAUUACACAGCAAUCGACUACUUUCGUGGCGUCGUCUACCAUCUCGACUGUAUCGGUGGAACCAAUUACGAGCUUCACAACUACUUCUUCCUCCUCUUCAUCCUCAUCAACGUCAACAUCUUCAUCAACAUCAACAUCAACAUCAACCUCUACAACAGUAGCUCCUGUACCUCCUGUUAGACCUACUACUGAUUCUCAAACCACCAUAACCUCUGCCCCUUCUACCACCUCCAGCUCAGUUUCUACCGGAGCUUCAGUCUGCCCGACUGGAUUUUAUGCCUGCUCUGCCGUCUACGAAGGCGGAUGCUGCCGUACGGGAAGAGACUGUGAUACAACAUCCUGCCCAAUAACGUCGUCAACCACGAUCAUCAAUACCGACGGCGUCACCAUCGCCGUUCCCACCGGCAGCGCAGCGACAACGGCGUCCGCCGGUUCCUGUGCCACCGGGUGGUUCAGCUGCGCUGCUUCUGCCGGCGGCGGCUGCUGUCCCAGCGGAUUCGCCUGCGGUGCCAGCUGCACAGCGACGGCAUCUGGGACAGCCACAGGGACGGUGGGGAAAACCCAGCCUGGUGUGGGUGGGAGGAAUUCUGCGAAUAUGUACAUUUGCGGGCUGGCGGUGUUGUGCGCGUUGUUACUUCAGGGUUGA